AUGACACAAAUUUUCUUCAUCGCUCUAGCAUUUGUUUUUGUAUCUCCGACUCUAAAUCAACAAGUUCUAACGGAUAUUCCGUUCGAUUGUAAAGGUCGCCUUGAUGGCUUUUGGAGCGACUUGAGAUAUUGCGAUGUAUUUCACGCAUGCAUUGCUGGCGAACAGAAACGAUCUUAUGGAUGUCCUCAAGUGGGAGAAAGAUUCUAUUUCGACGAGAAAACUCAAAUAUGUGACUUUGCAAGUAAUAAGACCGGUGGCUGUCCGACAAAUGAAUAUUAUACUUCAAUGACGGCUGUACCCACGUUAACUGGACGACCAUCUGGCACACAAACUCGUCGAGCUCUAUCGAACCAUGUAAAAAUAUCAAAAGAAAAUAUUUUACUUCAUAUUUGA